CCGAACUCCGCCGUUAGCCUCAAGCGUGGCGUGUUGCGCAUCCCCCGCUAGCGCUGGGGGUGGGCUCUGUCGCGCUGUUGGCCUCAGAGACUUGAGGUGCCAUGUGUGCUUGGAAUUGUGGUUUGUUCGCAGCCCAACCGGCCCCGGUGAUAGAAAGGACCAGCGGAGCGUCUGGCCAUGGUGAUUCUGAUGAUGACGAAGAUGAUGAGGUCAUUGACAUCCAACCAUUUGUUCGGCCACGCCGGGGUGGUGUCUGUGCUGAGCCUUGGAUCCAGGGCUACUUCAAGGAGAAGUACUGGACCAAGCACGAAGCUUGGGAGACGAUCUUGAGAGAAGUGAUGAGGGAAGCCACUGUAUUCAAGCAGUUCGGAGACAAGGAUCUAGAGCGGUUUAUUCGGCCGAUGGAGACACACCUGCGCUACGACGGUGAAGUCUUCGCUGAAGAGGGUGAGCGUGCCGACAGCUUAUACGUUGUGCUCGAGGGAACUCUUGCCUGUUACCAAAGUGGAAAGGCGGAGCCUGUGGCACGAAAGACACAGGGAGCGUUGCUGGAUGAGGCAGCAGUGCUCUUUGCAUACCCAAGGAGAUACUUGAUGAAGGCAGAGGGUGAAUGCAUUGUGGCCAAGCUGACCCACAGUGAAUACGUAACUCUUUGCACGCGAAUGGCCUUCCGCGCCAGAUCCAGGUACAAACACAUGUUGAAGAACUCCAAAAUGUUGGAGAUGAUGGAAGACGAGGCAUUGGAGAAGCUCUGCGAUGCCUUCACCCUCCGCAGGUACCAAGCUGGUGACAACAUUGUGACCCAGGGCGAGUCAGGUCAAGAGUUCUACCUCAUCACGUCUGGUACUGCUCGUGUGUGGGUGAAAAGUGGCGACGAUGAGCAGGAAUACGUGCGCCUCCAGAAAGGAAACCUCUUCGGUGAGCGUGCCCUGCUCAAGAAUGAGCCACGUGCUGCCUCAGUGACGGCUGUGACGGAGGUGGAAGUCUUGGUGCUAAGCCGUGGGAAGUUUGAGCGUUUGCUGGGCUCCAUGGACGACUUGCAGCAGCAGCAGUAUCUUACAGAUCCCAGAAAGCUCAUCGCGGACUUUUACCAGAAUGGUGAUAGUCGUGGGCCUGGCGGCUCGAUUGCGCGCCACAAGAUGAAAGGAACAGAGGGUGUAGAGACACAGUGGUUUGUGGUGUAUCGACCCACGAGCAAGGAUGCUAUUGCAAAGAUGCUGUCAGGGGCGGCUGUGGGCAAGGGAUUGAAUGUGAAGGGGAAGUCAGCCAAGAAAGGCGUACUUUCUGGCUUCGUGCCUUUCGUCCAGAUUAGCGAGAACGAGCACAAGAAGAUCAUUGAGGAUUCCCCUCCGGAUUCCAGAAUAGUAGUGUACUACAAAACCAAAGCAGCUCGAGAAGAAGCCCGCAAGGCACUCCAAGCGGUUUUGGACACAGCGCACCACCUCAAGAUUGAGAUGCGAAGCAUUGUGGAUGAGGACUCCUACAAACCCGAUGUGUGGGGACUGGAGAUGCCGGAGCCUUUGAUGCGUGAGGCGUACAUCAUUCAAAAGGACAUUUCACCGGUCAUGGGCUGGGAGACUGGACGACGCUCUGAGCCGGCCUUCAUGGACAUGAACUUGCAUGCCAUUCGUGGCAAAUCAGACCCGCAGGUGGUGCUGUACCAGAACGAUGAAGCAGAUAUCAUGAAUCCUCGUGGCUUGCUCAUCGCCUAUGCGGAGGUCUUUGUGAAGCCAGUCGUCUCAGACUUUGACACCUUCACCGUAGGCUCCAAGAACAUGGUCUAUGAGUCCUUGCCAUCUGAGCAGGCACAGCUCAUUCUCUGGCUGUUGGAGCACACGGAGGGGAUUCUCAAGUCCUUGGAUCACCAAAGCUGGAACUCCCGGUGGCUCGAAGUGCUGGCCAAGGAGAAUGAGAGAGGAUUCCAUCCAGUGAUUCCAAAGUUUGGUUUUGGCGAUCCCACAUCGUACACGCUGAUCCAGGAUGUGAUUGCUGAAACGGCACCCUGUGGCGCAGUUCGUCAUGGAGCGGAGUGCUGCAACCUCUACUUUCCGCAGGAGCUGGACGAUGAAUAUUUGAUUGUUUGGCAAGGCUUCACUGGAAAGCCCUGGGACUACAAGACGGAGGCCGGCCUGCGCGAGUUCCUCUUGGAGCGAGUGCAUGAGGGCUAUGCUUUUCCGAUUAAUCCUGUCUGGCCAGUGAGAGACCAGGGCUGGUGGGACAUCUUGCAGGCCAUGUUGAAACAGGAGGAAGCCAAGAGGUGCUUGCAGUCCUGGUUUCCACCAGAGAUCACAUACUUUGAGAGAGCUAAGCAGCUGCACGAGAAGUACAAAGAUGGUUUCAGGAUCGUGCAGAAGUAAGGCCGAUCAAGAUACGAGGUCAAUUCAGGUCUCACCGUGUUUGCAAUGAAACGCUUUGCCGAAGCAAAGCUGCCUGCACUGCUUUCGGGUCAGACUUGUGCGGCAACACGUUCCCACAGUUUCUGGGGCUCUUA